CAGUGUGUGCAUGUCAGAGAGAGAGAGAUAGAUAGAUAGAGAGAGAGAGUAUGUGCUGAGAUGUCUUGAUGGAUUAUUGGAUGGACAUGCUUGCUAAUUUUCGGACAUUAUUAACUAUGGAUUGGACAAAUGUUAAAACUGACAACUCAACCGCUUAAUCAGGUGAAGAAGGAGAAGAUCAUGGACGCGGAGAGUCUUGUUCAACACAUUGAACGAGAGAUGGAGGCCACUUCUUUACCGUUUUCAGUGACUACCGACUGGCUGGAGGACGGAAACGAGACGAUUGGGAAUCAGUUCCAGCAGCCUGACUGGCAGGUGGCUCUGUGGGCCAUAGCCUACUCCCUCAUCAUCCUGGUGUCCAUCACUGGUAAUGUCACAGUGAUCUGGAUUAUUCUCGCUCACAGACGCAUGAGGACUGUGACCAACUACUUCAUCGUCAACCUUGCCUUCUCUGACGUUUCCAUGGCAACCUUCAACACUCUUUUUAACUUUGUCUAUGCGCUUCACAAUGACUGGUACUUUGGCCUGGGCUACUGCCGAUUUCAGAACUUCUUCCCCAUCACGGCCAUGUUUUCAUCAAUAUACUCGAUGGCUGCCAUCGCAGUGGACAGGUACAUGGCCAUCAUCCAUCCUCUGAAGCCCCGCCUCUCCUCUACAUCUACAAAGGUCGUGAUCGCCCUGAUUUGGGCCGUAGCAAUCUCACUGGCUUUCCCUCAAUGCUACUACAGCGUGACAAUAUUUUACUACCCAAGAACUGUGUGCAUGGUCGACUGGCCUGAUGAUUAUGGAGGAACACAUCAACUAAGUUACCAGUUUGCAGUGAUAUUGCUGAUCUACUUGCUCCCUCUACUGGUAAUGCUGGUGACCUACAGUUUGGUUGGCCAAUCGUUGUGGGGUGGGCACAUCCCUGGAGAGGCGACAUACCACUACUACAGCCAGAUAACAGCCAAGAGAAAGGUGGUGAAGAUGAUGGUUGUGGUAGUGGUGACCUUUGCCAUGUGCUGGUUGCCCUACCACAUCUACUUCAUACUGGGAUCAUUUAACAGAGACAUUUAUAAACAACAUUACAUUCAACAGGUGUAUCUGGCCAUAUUCUGGUUGGCGAUGAGUUCGACCAUGUACAAUCCUAUCAUUUACUGCUGUCUAAACCAAAGGUUUCGUGCGGGUUUCCGUCACGCGUUUGCUUGGUGUCCCUUCAUCAAAGUGUCGGAGGAGGACAGGAUGGAAUUGCAGCACACACACACCUUCAGAGUCACCAUGACACGCAGCCACCGCAAUGACAUUACAUACGCACACACCUCCAUCAAAACAAACAACACCUUUGACACAAAUUUGUCUGUCAGCACUCAGCUAAACAAAGAGAGAGAUUCUUGCUUGCAGCUUCAAAAAUCACCAUCGGAAGCAUACAGCACAAAUGCAGUGAAGAGGCCGGACAACACAAAAUCCCCAGCAGCCAAACUUAUGCAGCGUAGCCGCUGAGUACUGAAACAAUUCACGAUGAGCACAUUCACCAUGGGAAGGCAACAGGGUUUUUCUACAGUGACA